GUUAAUAUCGAAUCCCUUGCUUGUUCGCAAGAAUGCAAUAAAUUCAAUAUUGAACUCCCAUCCCUCCGUGAGUUGAAAAUAUCAGAUUGCCCGAAUCUGGUAUGUUUUGUGGGUGGUGGAGUGCUGCUUGCGCCCAACUUGGAGGAGAUAUUCCCUGGAGGUGAAGAAGAAGAAGGCGGACAUUUUCCUAAUCUUUGCGAGCUUAGUCUGGACAACUGUCCCAAACUAACGGGGAAAUUACCGUUAUACUACUUCCCAAGACUUGAGCGGCUAAUUUUGCAGAAAGUUAAUAUCGAAUCCCUUGCUUGUUCGCAAGAAUGCAAUAAAUUCAAUAUUGAACUCCCAUUCCUCCGUGACUUGAGAAUAUCAGAUUGCGCGAAUCUCGUAUGUUUUGUGGGUGGUGGAGUGCUGCUUGCGCCCAACUUGAAGUGGAUAACUAUGUGGCGUUCUAAAAACUUGUGGUCAGUGCCAGAGGAGAUGCACGCCUCUCUCCCGUCUCUUCAGUCUCUGUCCAUAAAAGGGUGUAAAGAAUUUAAAUCAUUUCCGGAAGAAUCUAAAUUCCCAUCCCUCGUUGGUCUGAAGAUAAAGAAGUGCCCAGAAUUUGUGGGUUUCCCCCAUGGAGGACUGCAAGCGCCCAACUUGAAGAUGAUGGAAAUCUAUGAAUGUAACAAAUUCGGGUCACUGCCAGAGGAGAUGCACGCCUCUCUCCCGUCUCUUCAGUUUCUGUCCAUAGAAGGGUGUAAAGAAUUUAAAUCAUUUCCGGAAGAAUCUAAAUUCCCAUCCCUCUAUGAUUUGAAGAUAAUGGCAUGCCCAGAAUUUGUGGGUUUCCUCUAUGGAGGAGGACUGCAGGCGCCCAACUUGAAGAAGAUGGAAAUCAAAGGAUGUAACAAAUUCAGGUCACUGCCAGAGGAGAUGCAAAUCUCUCUCCCGUCUAUCAAGUCUUUGUUCAUAUUUGAAUCUCCAGAAUUGGAAUCAUUUCCGGAAGGGGGAUUGCCGUCUAAAUUGCGGUCACUCGAAAUCUGGAGUUGUAAAAAACUGAUGGCAAACCGUAUGCGGUGGGGUCUACAAACACUCACCUCUCUCAAACACUUGGCUGUCAACUUCUCAGAAUGUGAAGAAGAAGAAAUUGUCGAAUCAUUUCCAGAAGAGGGGCUGCUGCCAACCACUCUCACUUCUCUUAGAAUCUCCCAUCUUCCGAAUCUGAGAACCAUUGACGGCAAGGCGUUAGGACACCUCAUCUCUCUCGAGAUGUUGGAUAUAUCUUUUUGUCCUCAACUCCAGAGUUUGCCAGAUGAAGGGCUACCCGCUUCUCUUUCUCGUCUGCAAAUCUUCCAGUGUGAUUUGCUUACACAACGGUGCCAGAGAGACACUGGAGACGGUGCCAGAGAGACACUGGAGAAGAUUGGGCCAAGAUUUCUCACAUCCCCUACAUAUGGAUUGAUCACCGAAAGAUAUGAUUUGCAAUUGUACGUAAUUCGUCGACGUGCGUUUAUGUGUUUAUUUACUAUCUGGCUCUGUGAAUUUAAAUCAUAAACAUGUUUCAAAUGUUAAUAUUCACGUAAUAACAAAUUUUACAUGUACUCAUGACCCAUAUAAACUUGAAAGUAUUUGUGAUAGAAAGAUACGGAGCUACAAAAAUUCCAAAUCUGGUAGGAGAUGACUCGUUCGUUCUCUCAUCUUGUUACUCUUCGACUUGUGGAUUGUGAAUAUUGUUUUUCAAUGCCAGCAUUGGCACAGCUACCGUCUUCUCAGCAGGCUUGAAACUGAUGGGUUAAAUGGAGUGGAACUGAUUCAGUGUUGGUUUUACUCUCCCUCUUUUCUUACUGUGUCUUAUGGUGGUUCUAUUAUACGACAAUUUGUUGUAUCGAACUAGUCGUCGAUGAAAAAGGAGCUUCAACAAGUUUAUGAGCUCUAGUUUCCGAAUUUCCUUUUUCAAGUUUGUUUCCAAAUUGUGUCUAUUGAGAGGUAGAUUUUGGUACUUUGUGGAAUUCAAAUUCAAACGUUUGGUUUGUAAAA